UAAAUUGGAGCAACAAAUGUCAUUUGCAGUUUGUUGCAUUGAGUUGACGUCGUAACUGUUAUGACAAAUUAUGUUGUGUACAAUAAAUAUUCAAAACUUAUCUUGGGUUUGGUUUAAUUAGUGUCGCUGCUAUUUCAAAUGUUAUUGCUUAAUUGUUCUCAUUAAUUUCUCUAUCGACGGUUUGAUUUGGGUGGUGGAUACAACAUGUGUGAAGUGGCACAGACAUCAAAAUAUCUUCCAGCAACAAAUUCUAACAUAAGCAAUGAUGAAGAGGUAUAUGAAGCAGCUGAACCAACUUUAUUGAAUAUGCCAGUAGAGAUUAUUUUAAAAAUUUGCUCAUUCCUGGAAGCUGAUGUUUUAAAAUACACAUUGAGUAAAGUAUGUCGAAGAUUUGAAGAUAUUUUAGCUGAUGAUCAUCUAUGGAAAUAUUGGGUACAUAGUAAAAUCAAAGGGUUCUUUCCUGUCCUUCCCAAUUUAAAGAUAUGGGAGGAAACACAAAUAGAUUGGGAAGAAGUGUGUGUUGAGAUGGAUGUUGGGAGAAAAAAAUGGAGCAAUGUUAAAGAUACAAUGAAACAUAUUGUUGUUAAAGAUGUGCAUUAUGCAUCAGUUGAUACUGUAUUAUUGGCAAAUAAAGGAGAAAUAUGUUUGUCAGGUGGUAGAGAUCGUGGUAUGGCUUUUUGGCAUGUGAAAGAUUUAAAAGUUAGCGACAUUGAUGACGACACGAUUAUAAUGAGAAACGCUAAACCAAAACACAUCAAGCAUAAUGCGCACCUCGGAUGGGUUUGGGAUCUUGCAGCAGACAACAUUGAAAAUGCCUCUGUUGUGUACUCUGCAUCCUGGGAUAACACAGUCAAAGCCUGGGACUUGGCCAGUGGAUUAAAUUGUAUUGAAACUUUUAGAUGUGGCAUGUCUGCAUUGUCCGUGGUGACAGCUGAUAAUAUAGUGAUGGUCGGUCUAUACUCAAAGAAAAUACUUACCUUUGAUAUAAGAUCUGGAUCUAAUCCUAUAAAUGCUUACAAACCUCACAAAGGUCCAGUUUUAGCACUUAGUUCAUAUAAAAACAUGAUAGCGUCAGUCAGUGAAGAUAAAACAUUAGCCGUUUGGGAUAGGGUUGCUGGAAAGUUGAUUAAAAAUGAUAUCAAAAUACCAGCAGAUAGAGCAUACCCUGUUUGUAUAAAUUGGAAUUCACCAGCUUUAUAUAUCGGUGACUCAAAAGGAUCAUUACAUUUAUUCAAUCCGGAGGAUCAUACAUUUGUAAGGACACACGAGAUUUGGGCUGAAUCCUCAGUUAUGGAGCCAUCUAAUAAAAUAGUUGGGUGCUAUCAAAGUCAAGGAAAUAUUAUUGUUUGCUCAGACAGAGGUGAAAUAAAAUUUUUAUACAAUUGUCAUCCACCUCAAGAAUACAGCAGUGUACAAACAAGUACCAUAGAUGUAACACAGUUGCAGUAUCUUGAAGGUGUGUUGGUAAUAGGCACAUGUGAUUCCGCACUGGAAUUCUGGAUUUCAAAUGAAAGAUACGAUAAUGCGCUAUGAUUUUAUAUAUUAUAUUUAAAGUAGAUAAUAACAUUUAAUAACCUAUUUAAUUUUCCAAGUUAUUAUUUUUUUUUAACAUUAUUGACAAUGCAAUAACAAA